AUGGAAGAACAACAUUUAAGAGAUAUUGAAUUUGAAAAAAUAAAUCACAUAUACCAUGAAUGUUUGGAGUAUUUGAAGUGUUACAGCGAUUUUAAUGAAAGUGAAGCAGAUGACGCUGAUUACGAGAGUAUAAACGAAAGAAAAUAUGAAGUUGAAAGAAAAGAAAAGGUUGAGACAGGCUAUAGUGAUAAAGAGAAUGGUGAAGAAUUUUACAAGAAAGAUAUUAAUAGUCAUAAAAUCAGCGAAAACCAUAAAAUAUGUUAUAAAGUUAUUAACGAGUUGAAAUCCAAUGAAAGCUUAAAUUCGUUACCGGGUGAAACAAAAUCGGAAAGAUUGCGUCGCCUGUCAAAGCAAUUACCGAAGAUAAUAAUAACGCAAAGCAAUUCUAGUUUAGAGAAACAGGAAGAAGAAAGGCAUUUUGUGCCAAUUAAUAACAAUUUCGAGAAAUCGCUACCAAAAAAAACAGCGCCAUCUCUGCGUAACAGACGGCAAUGUGAAUUCCCAAAGCGGCUAGUCUCUAAGAAUGGAAUGGAAAAUGUCGCUUUGAUUUCCAACGUUCCUUUUGAGAAGAUACGUUUACUGAAUGAUACUUUUCAUACUCUGAUUAACCUCCGAUGGCGAUGGAUAGUGAUGGGCACAGUUUGCUUGCACUUUGCAAUCUGGCUGGUCUUCGCUGUGUUCUGGUACAUCACUGCGCUAGCUCAUUACGAUUUCGAGCCGGAACCACCUCAGAGACCCUGCGUGACUGGUGGCAAGGAUUUUGUGACUAUUUUCUUGGCUUCCGUUGAAGCGCAGACAACUAUCGGUUUUGGAGAUCGAGCAAUUGACGAAGAAUGUCCGGAGUCUAUUUUUCUAUUUGUAAUGCAGCUUAUUUUGGGCACGGGACUCUCUGGGGUACUAACUUGCGUGGUGUAUGCUAAACUAACUCGUCCGGAAAAACUGUCAAGAGAUGGCGUUGGUUUCAGUAAAAAGGCUGUGAUCAGUAUGCGCGAUGGUCGUUUAUGUUUGAUGAUUCGAGUUUGGGACCUGAACUAUGAUCAUAUCAUCUGCUCGGACUUUACUGCUCACUACAUUCACACUCGAAGAACGAAAGAAGGAGAGGUCGUCAGGUACUACGCGGAAUCUCUGAAGCUGCAUCAGCGCCAGUUCCUCUUGUGGCCAGUGACACUUCUUCACGUCAUUGACUCCGACAGUCCUCUUUAUAAGUACACACCGAAACACUUUGCUGAAAACAGUUAUGAAAUAACAAUUAGCUUGAAGGGCGCUUCUGCAUCAAUGGGUACCUUCACGCAAAGUCAGAGUUCGUAUUUACCUCGUGAAGUGAUGUGGGGAUAUAAAUUCCCAUCUGUUGUGAGAUAUGAUACGAAGAAACAAAAAUACGUGAUAGAACAUAACAAACUGGACACAAUUGAGCAAGUCGACACACCCUUAUGCAGUAGUUACGAAUUGGAUAGUUUGACCCCUUCAUCACGCCUAAAGGCAGAACGUCCAGGUACACCAGGCAGCUUCAGCGAGAAGAUAUCCACUUUUCAUCUAAAGAGAUCCUCUUCAUUUAAGAAAAAGAAGCUGUGA